CAGCAAAAAAUAAAAAAAUAACGUACACAAUAUUUUUUUGUUUUUUAUUGUAGACGAAAAUGUCUUGGUGCAAAUGUGUUAAAGUAAAACGUUUUGAUUAAGCAAUUAAUUGAGUGUGUUGCGGCUGCUGCUGUUGGCUGUGCAUAAAAAAAAAGCCAAGAAAAGAAAAGAAAAGACAAAACAACAACAAAUAACGGCAAGUGCAAGUGCAGUGGGUGGAAAUGUUUUAAAUUCGUUCGUCGCUUUGGGUUCGGUUCGGGUGGCAGCGGUUAGCGGUUAGCGGGCAGCGGGCAGCGAACGGUGCAAGGGGUGUGUGCGGGGCACGCGUGCGAAAAGCGCGUAAAGAAAAGACACUAGACGUCAAUUUGAAGUUAACAAAACUUGAACCAAAACCACUAAACUUUAAUUAAAAAAGAAAAAUAAAAUUAAAAAUGGGCAACGUGUGCAGCUCCGGGCAAAAGAAGAAAAAGGACAAGGACAGCGGUUCCGAGAAAUCAGAUGAUUCCCCACCUUAUGAGGAGGCCAGUGGCGAUAAGAAGGACACACUGCUUCCCAGCAGCACCAAGGCUAAUGACAUCAAUGAGAAGCGAGCACCGCUGGCCGAUGUGGAGGCGCUGCCGGACACAACCCAGCUGAGUGACACAAAUGGCCAACAGCAGCAACAGCAGCAGCAGCAGCAGCAGUCACAACUAAAUCAGACAACACAGUCCAAGUCCAAUGCACUGGAGAAGGACUCCAACAGCACCACACCGCAGGGGGCGCAGGCGCCUAGCGAUGUGUCAACUUCUAGUCCGGCACUGGGUAAUCUGUGCAUGCUGCAGGGCAAACCGCCGCCCGGCCGUAAGAUUGAACGGGACAAGAAGAUUGUCAUCUAUAUACUGGCGGACAACAGCACCGAGUACAAGAAGCACAAGCGUGUCAUCUACAGUCUGUACAAACAUUUCAAGAGCAAGUGCCAAAGCAAGGGAUUCGAUUUCAUCAUUGCUGAUGUGCAUGACAGCGAUACGUUGGCAAAGGAUGCAACAUCAGCGGCAUCGGCGUUGCUGGAGCAAACGAAUGGCAAUGCCAAGAAGGAUUUCUCUCGGCUGCAGGAGGUUAAGCGCUGGACGCAAACACCGCUCGAGGCACAGGGUGGCCACGAGGAGGCAGCCAAUUGUCUGUGCGAGAUAACGCGCCACGUUGCCUCCGCCUAUAUCAUACCGGUGCUCUUCCUUGGCUCCACACUGGGCACACCCAUGUUGCCGCUGACGAUCGAGAGUCAGGACUUUACCUCGGUGCUGAGUGCGGCCAGUGAUGCCGAGAAACUGUUGCUGGAGAAAUGGUAUACCAUCGAUAAUUCGUAUCAGCCGAUGUGCCAUCGUCUCUACACCCAGCAGAUCGAUCCGUAUUCCACCCAGGUCAAUGGGGAGUUAAAUGAACUGCUUGCCGUGCUGUUGCGUUUAUUCUCGGAUGAUGUCAAGGACUCGUAUCUGACCACUGUUGUCGAGCAGGAGAUUAACAAUACGGUCCUCAUGAGUCAGGAGCUGGCCAAACGUUGCAUUUGGAUACAGACCGGUGCGCAUUACUCCCGGGCACCGGACAAUGCCACCCAGCUGGAGCUGGAGGUGUUGCGUCGCAUCACACGCAUCUAUGCCGAGCUCAAGAGUCAGCUGUGCGAGAAGAAUCUGAUUCGCAUGUUGCCCACCAUGAACAUCCUGGACGAUGAACUGUCCGCGGUGAUUGAGAGUCUGCUGGACAAAUCGCUGGCGGGCAUCUUUGAGGAGCAUCAGCAGAAGAGCAUACCCAACAACACGCUGGGCGUGGAUCGUGUGCUGCUCGAGGAGCUCCAACUGAUUGGACACUAUUCCAAGCUGCUCGCCCAAAACUCGGCCAAUUUCGACAUCAUGAACGAUGUGAAGCGCUAUAUUCGAGAUGCCACCACUCAGCCACUGAUUGUCUCUGGUGCAAGGGGGUGUGGCAAGAGUGUGCUCGUCUCCAAGAUCAUGGAGAACGUGCAUCGAUGGAAGCCAGAGGCUCAACUGGUACUCAGAUAUGCCAAUUUGAGCGCACGCUCCUCGGACUUGACAUCGCUGCUGGGUUCCAUUGCCAAUCAGAUGUCGGUGCUGGAAACAGGCCAACAGUGCCAUGUGCUCCACACACUGGAAGCUUAUGCUGGCGUCAUACGGGAGAUCUUGGGCAGGCAGCAGCGCUUCUUUGUGCUGAUCAUUGACGGAUUGGAUGAGCUGCAGCGGGAUGCGGCACUGGAUUGGCUGCCACUGCAGCUGGGCAGCUGCGGCAAGCUGAUUUUGACAGUCAGCGAGAUGGAGGAUGAGGAUGCCGCCAACGCCGGCGCUGACGGUGACGAAUCCUUUGAUAUGCUAGCCGCGCUGGCGCAGCUGGGCAUUCCACCACGCUGCUUCCUGCGGCUGCGCCAAUUCACCGAACGCCAGUGGCACGAUAUACUCAGCUCCGGUGGCGGUGAUUUCUAUGCGGCCAAUGGUGCCCUCAAGCUGCCCGACGAUUGGAAAUCGCUGCAUGGCAAGACACCCUAUCAUGCCAAGUCGCUGUGGUGGCUGGCCUGGUUGGGGCAUGUGGCACAGCCGAUAAGCGAGAUUGGUGACAUCUCCAGCAAGAUACUGCAGGUGCUGGAGAGUAAAUUUGCGGCGGAUCAAGUGGAACUGUUGCUACUCAUCGUGCGGUUGUCGCCGUGGGGCAUCCGUGAGAGCGAUUGCCUGGGCGUAUUUCAAAAGAUCACACAACUGGAGGCGCAGGUCGUCUUCAAGAUCUGGUCCAAGUUCUGCUGGCUGAUGGGACCAAUGCUUUUAGGUCUUAAGAAUAUUAGGAUAGCGGACAGAAGCUUCGGACGCGCCGUCCUGGCGAGGUAUGCGCAGAAGCAGUGGCUGGUACAUGAAGCGCUGCGCGACUACUUCGACCGGCAGGACAGCGAGUUCAAGGGUAGCGCGACGGCCAAAACCUACAACUACCAGAAGUACUUAAAACUGCCUUAUCAUCAUUUCUGUGCUGUUAUCGAGGAUAAGCCGGCGCCGCACAAAAUCGACAUACUCUUCAAUUGCUUCUAUUUUACGGAUCUGCAGUGGAUAGCGAACAAGGUGCAUGCAACGGGACCGGAGCAUCUAAUGCACGACAUCCUCCAUGCCGAAUGGUUGGCGGGCCUCAAUGGAUCCAAUGGCUAUGUGCAUAUCAAUUUUCUAAAGCACUUCCUUGUGCGUUAUCUGCACGAGCUGAGCUACGAUGGCCAGCAAUUCUAUACGCUUAUGAAGUACUAUCUGAAGUCGCGCUUCAAGGACGCUUCAACGCUCAAGGAUGAUGAGAAGAUACGAUCGUGGUGGGAGCACACCAAUGAACUGGAAUUCGCCUUCCUCGAGAUACUCAACGCCGAUCUGGAUGCCACCGACACUGACACUGCUACUAAUGCUACUGAUGACAAUGGCAAACCAUUGGUCCGAGGCUAUGAUGUGCUGAUGAAUCUGCCGCAGCCGGGCUGCUAUGUGGCAUCAUUGUGCACGGAACGUGCGGAGAUUUGCAUCUGGGAUGUGAAGAACUGUUGUCGCAUCCGUGAACUCCAGGGCAUACAGCAGCCGACGGCCAUGUGUCCAGUGGGUAACUAUGAGGCAGCUGUGCUCUGUCGUCGCGAAAUACGUGUCAUUAAUCUGGACGAGGGCAAGUUCAAGGUCACACUGAAGGGCGUAAUGAACCAGAAGAUGCCCUACUUUGGUCUGCACGAUCAGAAUCACUUGGUUUGUCUGUCGCGCAAUCGCAUGUAUGUCAAUCUCAUGAAUCUGGAGUCGGGCGAUUGUGUGACCACCUUCAAGGCGGGCGAGGAUCGUUUCCUCAACUCGCUGCUCGUCUCGGGCGAUGGACGCAUUCUCGUUUGCGGCGAUGAGACACAGAAGCCGUUCCCGUUGCUCGUCUGGCAUUUAUCGCAACGGAAGCUGCUCUACGAUCUGCGAAUUCCGCAUCAUGAUUUCGUCACAUCGCUAUCGGCGAUCACACACGAGGGCUCCUACGUGUGCGUGGUGGCCAAGGAGCUGAACGAGCCGAGUACGCCAAAUUUCAUUGUUGUCUACGAUCUGCAGAGCGGCACUCUCUUCAAGAAAUGGAAGCCCACCUGCAACACGGUUGCCCUGGCCAUAUCCCAAUUGAAUGCGUGCGUCAUUGCCGGUCUGGAGGAUGCCAAGAUUAUGAUAUGGGAUCUAGUCACCGGCAAUUGCAAAUGCACACUCAUUGGCCACAAUGCACCAGUCACCUUCUUGAAGUUGGAUCCGUUGGGCAAGGUGCUGAUGUCGUAUGACAAGGAAGGGCGCGACACAGCCAUACGCAUGUGGGAGUUGAGCACAGCCAAAUCGCUGGCCGUUUUCAAGCCACCGGCACAGAUCAGCACCUGCGAGAUACUGCCAAGUGGUGCGUUUGCUGUGCUCGCUCUCAAGGAUCGCAAUGAUCUGUUGACGCUGGCGCUGAAGAACUAUGCCGGCAACAGUGCCAACGCCUUGGAGGAUGACUGCGGCACCUUGUACGGCAAUCCCGACAACCAGCACAAAGUCUUCAACUUGAGUAAUUAAAUGGAAUGAAUCAAUUAACUUUAGAUAUCAUUAUUCAAAUUAAAACAUACACUUAUGAUAAAUGACAAAACCAAAAACCAAAAUACCAAAAAAAAAACCCAAUUAUAAUUCUGAAUUAUAGUAUACUAAAAAUAUCACAAGAACAAAAGCAAGAACUUCUCAUGCAUAAAUUCAUUAGACGUAUUAUUCUUUAAAACACUUACCAGAUGUACAAAAUGCUAAACAAACACACAAAACAAAAAAACAAUC